AUGUCGACUCCUUCGGCUAAGGCUGUACCAACAGGUGGUAAAGCAAAAACUACCACAACAACUACCACUGUUGUUAAAACGACAACUACAAAAACGACACAACCGGCUAGCAAACUUGGUGCUGGAGCAAAAGUAACAAAAGCUAGAACAACAGCUAGUGGCAAGAAGGUAAUCAAUUCCCAUUCAAAUCGAGCAUUAAAUAAUAAUGGUCUUAUGCGAUUUUCACGCGGUCGAAUGUUCCAUCGACGUGCAUUAUAUCGUAUAAAUAAAUGGAAAGGUGAUCAAGCUAAAUUACAAGGAGAUAAAACUAAAAAAACAGCUGGAAGUAUUCAAAAGAAAAAACGUUCACCAGCACUUAAAAAGAAACCAGUUGGUGGUGAUCGAAAUGGUAAAGAACGAUUUGUACGAACAAAACGACUUCCUCGUUUUUAUCCAACUGAAGAACGACCAAAGAAAUUUAGUGUUAAACGAAAAAGAUUCGGUGAUCAUCCACGUCGUUUUCGAUCAACAGUUGCACCUGGCACGGUUGUUAUUCUUGUAGCUGGUAAACAUGCAGGAAAACGCGCUGUUGUUGUUAAACAUUUAUCAUCUGGUCUUUUAUUAGUCACCGGUCCACAUAAAUUAAAUGGUGUACCAUUACGUCGUGUAAAUCAAAUCUAUGUCAUCGGAACAAGUACAAAACUUGAUUUAUCAUCAGUUAAAGUCGAUAAUUUAGAUGAUAAAUUCUUUAAACGCGUUCGUCAAGCUAAGAAAAAUGCUGAAAAAGACAUCUUUGAUUCAAAGAAAGAGAAAACACAACUUAGUGAUGAACGUCGUCAAGCACAACGUACUGUUGAUUCAGGCAUUCUUAGUGCCAUUAAAGCUAAUGCCGAUUCACGUAUUCUUCGUAAAUAUCUUAAAAGUCGUUUUCAACUUUGGAACGGUGUUUUACCACAUAAGUUGAGAUUUUAA